UAUGCCAAAUUCCAACCAAGCUUUGUCGUCACAUGUGAAAAAACAAUUUAAACCAAACCAAAAAUUGGCAAGCCAAGGCCAAGAUCUACUAUCUUUAAAAAUAAUAAUAAUUAGAAUUUAGAAGCAUUCAACCUUUCCAACUUUGACUUACGCGUCUUCCACCAUUGGCGUUGAACAGAAACCCAAAAUCUCUAUCCACUCUGCAACUUCUCCUAAACUCUCUUCAGUGCCGUUUUCAUGCAUCGUUGACUCAUAUCUUAGUGUAUUGUUGCUUGCAAUACACUGAUGCAGAUUCAUUCUUUGGAUUUCUGAGGAACUUAUGAUCCAUUGACUGAGGUUUCCAAUAAAGGGUAUUCUUUACUCGCUGCAAUUCUGUACUCUAUAGCAACAAACUUGCGGUUAAAUGCAAUUGUUGUGAAUUUUCUCUUCAAAUGUUGCUCUAGAUAGCAUAAUUUUAAUUAGUUGAGUUGUGGCUGUGAGAAGGCAGGAUUUUGUACUCUAUGGUAAAAGAUGAAGCGUGUUUCGCCACUCUUUUUGGUACUUUUAGUCCUAGGAUCUUUGUUUGCGGCGUAUAACCUGUUGACUAUGAUAAUACACUAUAAGACGUCUAGUUCAGAGAAUUGGGAUUUGUCAGAUCCUAUUAUUCGAAUGCCUGAGAACUUGAAGGAAGGUGGGGGUUCUAAUUCAAAGUACCAUGUUGCUCUCACAGCAACAGAUGCUCCGUAUAGCCAAUGGCAGUGUAGGAUUAUGUAUUAUUGGUAUAAGAAGGUACAAGAUAUGCCCAGAUCAGAUAUGGGAAAGUUUACUCGAAUUUUGCAUUCAGGGAAGCCUGACAAUUUGAUGGAGGAGAUUCCAACUGUUGUUGUUGAUCCUCUUCCAGAGGGUUUAGAUCGGGGUUAUAUUGUCUUAAAUAGACCGUGGGCUUUUGUACAGUGGUUGGAAAAAGCAACAAUUGACGAAGAAUACAUUCUAAUGGCUGAACCUGACCAUGUAUUUGUAAACUCUUUACCUAACUUGGCUCAUGGAAACCAUCCAGCAGGGUUCCCUUUUUUCUACAUUAAGCCAGCUGAACAUGAACAUAUUAUUAGGAAGUAUUAUCCCAAGGAUAAGGGUCCUGUGACAGAUAUUGAUCCAAUUGGCAAUUCUCCUGUGAUUAUUAGAAAGUCUGUGCUGGAAGAAAUUUCACCUACAUGGAUGAAUGUUUCUUUAAGAAUGAAAGAUGACCCAGAAACUGAUAAGGAAUUUGGAUGGGUGUUAGAAAUGUAUGCAUAUGCUGUGGCAUCAGCACUGCAUGGUGUGCGCCAUAUACUUCGUAAAGACUUCAUGGUCCAGCCACCUUGGGAUUUGGAAGUGGGGAAGAAGUUUAUAAUACAUUAUACUUAUGGAUGUGACUACAAUUUAAAGGGAGAAUUAACAUAUGGAAAGAUUGGAGAAUGGCGUUUUGACAAGAGAUCAUAUCUUAGUGGGCCUCCACCAAGAAACCUCUCUUUGCCUCCUCCAGGUGUUCCUGAAAGCGUGGUGAGACUUGUGAAGAUGGUGAAUGAGGCUACUGCCAAUAUUCCCAAUUGGGACACGUUUAAUCGUGGCUGAUAUUUAAUCUAAUUAGCUUGUGCCUCCAUUCUCUUUCUGAUAUCAAUCUCCUUGAAAAGAGAACUAUCAACAGAAAAUACAGGUAACGAGACAGCAGCAUACAUUGAGAAGGAUAUGUUUUACAAGUUAAAUGAGGGAUAUAUCAUUUUUACACUUGUUAAUAUAACCAUAAAUGCCCUUAAUUUCUUUUUUCACGCAUCUCUUGAAGUCUGACAUCUAUUUGUUGAUUUGCUUGUGAAGUUUUGUGGACUGUAAAUCAAAUAUUCCUCUUGAAAUUUUAACUAGAAAUGUUGGCAAUACAAACAAGUUAAAUGAGGCAUUGCUUUCACCGGGCUAGCAAGCAUAGCAAUCACCUACACCUGCAUAACUAACAGGCAUGGCAGCGCUUUUGUAGAUACCUCUUUGGUUGAAAAUGGUCAUUUUCAGUCACCUAGUGCCACUUAGGUAAAGCUUUAUGCAUAUAUGAUCGCAUCGUGAAAUUUUUUAUGACAGCCAUAUAUGUUCAGUGUUCAGAUGAAUUUUGGUUGCACUUCCAUUCCAACGUAAGAUGUUUCAGAUACUAUAGAAUGUUUAUGGCAUAUUUCAUGGAUGCUUUGCUGCACAGUAAAAAAUGCCUUGUUGGAGUUAUAUGCUUAUAUUAUCUCUCUACCCCUCCCACCACUUUUUUCUAUAAAUUUCAGUGAGUACCUCAACAUGGUCAGGGCAUCUAAACUUGAAAAUUCUAUGAAUUAACUAUACAUUAAACUUUAUAUAUAUAUAUAUAUAUAUAUAUAUUUUGCUAGAAAAAUCUCCUCUUUUCAUGCCAGGAUGCGACUUCAUCAAUUCCUUCACAAAAUAAUAAUUUUGUUAUAUACCGAUGCGUGCUUUGAUGCACAAUACUUUGCCGGGCCUAAGCUGGUGGGUGCUCAUAAAAUUUAUGUUUUGCAUAUUCAACUUAAAUAGAAUUCAAGCUCAUGCAAAUGACACCCUUUCGGAAUUGGAAUGGUACAAAGAAGUUUAAGUCAUCUCCACCAUUUUUUGAAAAGUGAACUCGUCACAAAUGGUACAAAAUUUAUCUAAUUUUUUUUAGUAAUGUGUGCUUUGAAGAGAGAUGCUAAAAUUAGAAUAAAUUGAAUUCUAAUGAUAUUGUCAUAAUUUAUAGAUAUGAAAAUUUAUAGUUAAAUUUAACAAAUUAAGAAGUCAAUAUCAAUCUUUUUUAAUUAGGUGUGAUU